CUUUGACGGAGGCACACUCUUCGAAAUGGCUGCAUUUGUCAAGUUCGUAAAUGCGAAGAUCAGGUCCAAUGCAACGCUUGAUUAUCUCUGCUCCACCCACUUCUGGGGCCCAGUAUCGACCUUCGGAAUUCCAAUAGCCGCUGUCAUGGACACGCAAAAGAGUCCCGAAUUAAUAUCGGGAAAGAUGACAGGCGUUCUGGUCAUCUACGCGGCCACUUUCAUGCGUUUUGCGCUCGCUAUAACACCGAAGAAUUACCUCCUUUUCUUAUGCCACUCCACCAACCUUGCUGCUCAGCUUACACAGGGCUACCGCUACCUAGACUACCACAACUGGGGCGGAAAGGAGAGGAUGCGUGGGUAAACCUGCAGUCGAGGCAGACAAUAAGAGAUAGCCUAGUAAAUGGGCAAGGUCAACUGUUACAGUAAGUAGAUAAGAGUGGAAGUAUUGAGCAAGGCCGUCGUUCGGCGAAAAGAUCAAGGCACCUUCUUCGCUAUGAACAAGUCUCGCCUAAUCAGGAAGUUACAGGUAUAAAAGUAACUACAGAUAGCUGUAUAGACAUCUGAAAGCUCUCAAGGCCACCUGUGCCUCUAAGUCAACACCGUUUCGGGAUUGAAAGGUGGCGGAUAAUUG